AUAGGAAGAAAUGGAUGUUCUGGGUCUUGUGAGGAUUCGUGUCCGCCGAGGAAUCAAUCUCGCCGUGCGCGACACUGUCAGCAGCGAUCCUUAUUGCGUCAUCACCUGCGCUACUCAGAAAGUGAAAACUAAGGUUGUGAGAGGAACCUGCAACCCCGUGUGGAACGAGGAGCUCACUAUUUACAUUAAGGACCUCGAUGUUCCUAUCGUUCUGUGUGUGUUCGACAAAGACACGUUCACGGUGGAUGACAGCAUGGGAAGAGCAAAAAUAGACAUAAAACCGUUGAUAGAAUGUCUGAGGAUGGGAUUGGAAGGUCUGCCAGAUGGCACUAAAGUUGACAGGGUUCAGCCGAGUAAAGAGAAUUGCUUAGCCGACGAGAGCUGUAUUAUUUGGAACAAAGGCGGCAAAAUGACGCAAGACAUGCUUCUCAGACUUGAAGACGUCGAGUGCGGUCAAAUUGAGAUCCAAAUCGAAUGGAUUCAACUUCCCGGUAACAAAGGUCUCUAAAGAAGUUGAUACUCUGUCUCAAACAAAAACGAUAAUGAGUUGAUUAGGUAUGUAACAUAAAUAAGAGUGCUUGUAUUCCUUGGUGAUUUAUGUAUAAACCUUCAUUUUUACGAAACUUUUAUAUUUUUGUUUGUUUUCCAUAUGUAAUUUAUGACUUUCAUGCA